AACAACCCGAUGCUGCUUUCAGAUAACUGCUUUUUUUUCUUGUUCUGAAAUUCUGGUGCCUGUCUCUCAACCAGGAGGAGGAAGGAGUGGGGCUUGGGGUUUUUUGGUUUGGGGUUUCUUUUUUAUUUUCCUUCUGUGGUGUGUGUGGGAGGGGUACAGGCUUAGAACGGAGGAGAAUGUAGCAUUUCCUCUCUGCCCCUCUGCUCUGUAACCCUGCCUUUGUACAGCGUAGUGCAAGGGACAGCUGUUACUGUCUGAUGCAGUGACUUACAGAAACAGCCUUUGAAAGUACUCGCCGUUUCCUCUCCUCAUCAACAGUCACUCUCUUACAGAAUUGUAGUAGCUUUUACAUUAUCCUGUUCCCUGGUACAAAGCCAUGUCUGUUGCACUUAGGCUGUGGCAUGUUACAGAGCAAAGUUCCUUUGAGGUCACUUAAAACCUGUUUUAAUGGUCACGGCCUGGGCUAGUAGCACGGGAACAACUAUAUGAGUGAGUCAGCCUAAUUGUGAAGUGAAGCACUUUGGGCAGCGGAGGCUCUGUCGCCCGAAGGUGGCUGCCACGCUGUUGCUGGGCUCUGAUUUGCUUGUUGCUGCCUUCUGCUCUUCCACAGUUGUUGGUGCAGCGGUGCUGCAGAGCGGGUCUGUCAGUGACCUGAGGGCAUGUGAAUCAUAGUGCAGAGAGAACUCUUUUUUCUUUUUUUUUUUCUCCCCCUCCCCAACCACUCUAAUCUCGGGUUUUGCAAGCUUGCCCAAGCAAUAAAAUACAAAUUGGGUAACUUGUGGGUUUUUUCUUCAUGAAUGACACCAGAAUCUCUGUCUGCUUUGGUUAUAAAAUGACUGUUAGAGUGCCAGGUUACAAGAAAGAGGAUGAAAAUGUUGACUUCUGAAGUUCACAGAAGAAACAAUACCUGGUUUAAACACUCUCCUGCAGUGAAGCAAUGUGCCGCUGAGAUGCCUGGCACCACCAUAAUUAAUCUCCCCAUUGUCCAUGAGAGGAGGAGAAGAAUUGCAGAGAAAGCCAGUUUGUCGGAGCAGACAGCCCACUUGAUCUGAGCAACGUGGGAGAGCUCUGCAGGGUGUCUCGCAGGGCAGUUUGCUCUGGUGUUAAAACUCUACGCAGAAGAGCUUAGCGGUGACCUCGUAGUUGUGAGGACUCUGGAGAGGCUGCAGCUUUUGCAUGAGAUGCUGAUCUGAGCUCUGCAACACUGCUUUCCAUCUAAACAUACCAAGCGCGGACCUCUGAGCCACAGACUUCACCAGACUUAACAUCGCUCAGUUGUGCAGCUUCAGCUCUUACCCACUCGAGAUGAAAUAAAACUCAAGAACCUCCUGAGGUAAGGGACAGCUUAAGACUUUUAUCCUGUGUUGGAUAUCCCUGCACUCCAGCAAUCAUGGCAGAUAUUUCCUGGCCUGAAGGAGUCUCCAGUGAGACAGUUGCCAAUGCCAGUUCAGAAUGCAGCUUGGAAGCAGACUUCCAGUAUUCCUUGUUUACGGUCAUCUACAGCCUUGUCUUCGUGCUGGGACUGAUAGAAAAUGUCUUAGCUCUGUACCUCCUGUCCUGCAAAGUAAAGCAUGCUUCUCAUUCCUAUGUAUACAUGAUUAAUCUAGCUCUGGUGGACACCUUGUUUGUUUGUGUGCUGCCUUUUAAAAUUCAUUACCACCUGAAUCGGAACAAUUGGACCUUUGGUGACAUGGCUUGUAGGAUAACUGGGACUUUGUACUAUAUCAAUAUCUAUCUAAGCAUUGCCUUUUUCACCUGCAUUUGUGUUGAUCGCUACAUUGCAGUGUUGCACCCCUUCAGGUAUGUCCAGAUCAAAGUCAUCCAUUAUGUGGCGGUGGUCACGGUCCUUUGGGUGGUUGCUCUAAGCAUCAUGGUUCCACUUAUCCUUGGAGGUCCCCUCCACAACAGUGGUGUGAGGAACACGACCGUGUGUUUUGAGAACUUUGCUACGCGUAGCUGGACUUAUCGCAUGGCACCUUACAACAUCCUGGCCUUAGUUUUUGGUUUUGUGAUCCCAUUUUCCAUCAUUCUGAUCAGCUACGCUCUCAUUGCUAAGAGGAUCUCCCAGAUCAAACACAGCAUUCACAAGAGGAAGGCCCUGCGCACCAUCUACAUCAUCUUGGUCAUUUGUACUUUGUGCUUUCUCCCGUAUCAUCUCACUCACUUGCUCCACUUUUUAAUGAGAAUCCAGGUCAUCAAGUCAUUUACCAACUUGAUCUACAAAAUGCGAAGGGUCACCUUAGCCCUCGUGAGUUUCAACUGUUGCCUUAACCCGCUCUUGUACUACUUCAGCUCUUCCAGCAAGCAAUGGCACUUCAACUUCAAGCUCAGAUUCAGGUCUAAAAUGGUGUACACAAUCAGUGACCAGAUAUUUGGGGAGUCCUCCUAUGUUUAUAAACUACAACAGAGACAUGGAAGUGAAAAACACAGAGAUGGACUCAACUGAUCUACUUAAAAACCACACAGCUGCUGACAACUGCUGCGUUUUCCACCCUGUGAAACAUGAGACUGUGGAGAGAGUUUAUCAUUUGUGGGUUAUCAGAGACACCGGAAAACCACUGGCCUGGCUGACAAACCUGCUUAAAAGCCAGCAGUUUACUUAACAGGAUGUGACUUUUGAUAACGGAUAUACAGACUCACUGUUCUGUUCCUUCCCAUGCCACCCCCAAACUUUAUGAAGUGCAUAUAUGCUAUUGGCCUGUAGGCGUGCAAGGCUGCUGAGCAGAUGAGAACAGAAGGGAAAUUGUCCUGGGGCUUGUUCAACAGGGAACAAGGUAUGCCUAACUCUGGCAAAAUCAGUAUUUCAAUUUCCAAAUGUGCAAAAUGCAGGCUAAAAGUCACACUUUGACCUGGCACGCCGCAGCAGGUGGUUGGGGUUCCCAAGUUAUGCUAUUGCACUUGGAACAAGAACUGCCAUGGACCUUAAAGGAGGGGGAGAGUAGGAUUAUUGUGGCAGAAUGGUGUGGGGAGAUAAACGAUCGUGCCUCUCUAUAUGAUGUAGUAACUUCUCUUUGCACAACAAUGGAUGUUGCACCUUCUGCCCAUAUUCAGCCAAUUUUCUGAUGGCAGCCGAUGCCACAGUCUACUCUCUGGUUAAGGACAGGAGGUAAGAGGUUUGGAAAAUAAGCAGCAUGGUAUGUUGGGGUCUCGGUUUGUGGAAAAACACCACACGUGAUGAUGGUAAGCAAGGGUCUUGAAUUUGGGAGGCUGUAUUGGAUCAGUUAAAGCCAGUCAAUAAACCACUUAGCAUCUGAGAUGCAUGCAGCAAGCAAACCAAGAGCAGAUCUGAAAUUAUUAUAAUAGAGCUAAAGCUUUGCCAUAGAUGGCUUUUGUGGGUGCAGUAUUACAUUUGUUUGUUAGGAUGGGCCUGACUUGAAUUAGUUAUUUUGCAGUUUGCAUGGACACCUAUUACUAAUGAUGGGUCAGCCACUGACCUCUCCAUUUCUGUCUUUUGCUCUUAGCUUGGAGGAACUUUUUUGAAUAACGGUGAGAAAACCUGCUCAAACUUUUUUAAAAUAUUGAAAAUAAUGAUUCCUGUGUUCCUCUGCUUGGUAAGACAAGUGCAAACCCUUGCACUUGUAAAAUGGAGAUGAGGAAGCCUCUGAGGGAGUAUUAGGACAAAUUAAUCUUUUACCUUUCAUGAGAUACUGCUAUUUUUGUCCCAUUUAUAGGCUAUGGAAAAACUUCCCAGCCAUGGAGGGACUGUUCUUUCCAACUAAGCACAAUUUUUAUGUUCUGGACAGAGGAAGAAAAAUUUUCAUUGGUGACUCCAUCCAGAGUGCAGCUUUCUUUGCAGGCUUGUCAGCUGUCAUUGAGGGAAGUAUGGAUAAUAAAAAAAAGUUACGCUGCUGGGUAAAUAGCAUGUUUAGGGCUUUAUACUCUUGCCUCCAUUAUACUUACACUUUGCAUUUUAGUUGUGAAGCUCUGAAAGCUCCUUGUUUUGACCCCUCAGGCUUGCGUUUAUCUACCCACGUUAGCAUCAUGUAGGGCUGGUCCCCCUUUAUUGACAAGUCAGGGAAUCCCCCCGUUCACAAACCUGACGCAAGUGAGCUCUUUCAUCCCAUGCAGAGGGUCCAGGAAUUAGGUCAGUGCAUGGCUGUUGCUUCUACUUAUUUUUGGGGACAAACCGAAAGCAUAGAUACUGCACAGAAAAUCACUGUAGUAGAGAACAGGACUGCGGUGGUUUUAAGGAAAAUGAGCUUUGUGAGGGGAAGAACGCUGAAUAUCUUUUACCUUAUUGCACAAGCAACUCAAAG